GGAAGCUUUCUGGUUGUACAAAGUUUCAAACAGUUCAGUUAACAUUGCUGGAAAGAUAAAAUCAAACUCCCAAGGAAUACAAUGCUCAACACAGUGGAACCCGAAUCCUGACUAUGUCCUCUGAGCACUGUUGUAAUCCUAAUAAAUAAUAAUACCAAAUUCAGGUGGAUUUGUGAAACUCUCUGAAGCCACAGCUAUAAUCUCAGAAACAUCUCACAGUUUAUUCUUACUAAGAAGUGGGUCUUAUCUAUGAGUUUCCAGACCUCAAGUAAAAAAUGGAUACAGCUUUCAGUUGUAGAGCUAAAACAACUCCAGACACAUUCUGCUCUUUUAUGUGAGAGUGGGGCUCCCACUAAUGGAAUGCUUUUAUAAAAACUGUUUCCACAUAAGUGUUAUUGAGGAAUAUUGUACUGCUUGGCUCAGUGUACACUGUACUAGCGGUGGUCAUGGUUGAGAUAGGAAACGUUUAUGUUGUUGGGUGAACUGUCUGGAGUUUCCCAUUUUAGAGGAACAUUGUUUAUGCCUCAUAAUAUUCCUCACCAUCCAGAAAGUCAAACUAAUUUGUGCUUUAAUAACAAAGGCCCCAUGUAUUAUGCUACAUAAAUAUGGACUGAAUUUGUCAGAAAUGCUUAUCUAGAAAUUGCCAGUUCUGCGCAUGCAUGCUGAGGGGAACAGAACCCUUGUAUAAUGGUUUCUCUCUGAUAUUCUAGCUCCUGGACUAAAUAAUGGUCACCUGUGCUAACUAACAUUACCACACAGAAUAUCCUAGCCAGGAUUAAACUGGCAUGGAAAGGACUGCUGACUACAUUACAUUGAAGUACAGAUUAUACUCUCCGUGUAGCAUGAAGCAACCUUCCAACACAAAUGCUGAGCUGGAGGAUGUCAGAGUUGGAGAAAGCCUUCCAUAAAUUUGCCAUGUAUGGUGACACGGCUGCCACUGGCAAUGAUAUGACAGGCAAGAACUUCUCCAAGAUGUUGAAGGAUUGUGGCAUGAUGGACGGGAAGGCUGUGACCAGCACCGAUGUCGAUAUUGUGUUCAACAAAGUCAAGACCAAAGGCGCUCGCACCAUCAACUUUGCUGAGUUCCAGCAGGCCAUGAAAGAACUGUGUGGCAAGCGAUUCAAGGGCAAGUCUCCUGAGGAGGCCCUGCAGGCUGUGUAUGCACUGAUGGAGGGCAAGGAGCCAGCCAACGUGGGUGUAACGAAAACCACCACAGCUGGUGGGGUUGAUAGACUGACAGACACCAGAAAAUACACAGGCUCCCACAAGGAACGGUUUGAUGAGAGUGGCAAGGGGAAAGGGAUAGCUGGACGUGAAGACGUGACCGAUAGCAGUGGCUAUGUUGGGGCCUACAAGGGAGCUGGCACCUAUGACAAGAAACACUAGAGUUGGCACUGCACCUUAGGAAGCCCUACACCCUGUCAUCUCCUGUAGCCUAGGAGGGAGGCCAUUAAACAUCUCAUGCUUGUUGCACCUUGGCUUCUUUGUGUGUGCUACUCCUGGGGGAAUACUGCACCACUCCAUGCAUACAGAAUUCAUGUCCCUCACAGAUUUGUUUGCUUACCUGCAGAAAAAAUGACUUCUGACAGUGAAGCAAAGGGAAGCCUCAAGAGCAGUCAUGUGCCCUUCCCCAGCAUUGCAGAUGUGUCGGUUCGGGCACCCGGAAUAACAAGCAGAGAGGUAAAUUACUG